CGAUCUACCAGCAGAAAUAUUCGACCAGAUCAUCCACGCCUUCGUCAUCAAGGUUGGAUAUGUCGCCGCUGCUCGAGCGUGAUACGUCUGUACAACCUUCGCAAGAGGCAUCGAAGACGACCUAUUUCGAAAGCAGCCUCUCGUGAAAUCCCACAAGCGCAUGGUCAUAUAGCGCAGUGGAAAAUGACAGCGGCUACUAGGCAUGAACAUGUCAGCGAUACUGACUAGGAUGAAUCCCAAGUCUGUUCCCAACGAUUACCUGUUCCGCUACAUGGAUGCUGCAGCCGACUAUCUCAUGAGAUUCUUAGAGGAUCAGACCCAGAAACAGCAGGAUACCUACCGUUGCGCUGUAGGACAGGCGAUCUGCCUCAUACGCACAAGUGAGCGUGUCAUAUCUUGCCUCUGGAGCGAUCUGUCCGGGCUCACGCUGGCCGACACAGCAAAUCUGGAGGGAUCUGAUCCCGAGCAACUACUGGCUGCAGCGGCGGCCGUGGGCUGUAGCAGUGCUGUGCGCCAUCUCCUUCCCACUCUCACACAUCCAAUUCAGACGAGUUGGACAAUGGGGCGACCACUGACGGCUGCAGCCAUCAACGAUCAACUCGGCACAGCAGAUUUACUGUACAAACUCCCUACUGUCCACACAACGAACGAAUCCUACCUCUGGGCUACCAUAGAAUCGUGCAUGGGCAUAGAAAACGAUGACUUUAUCCCACAACUCCUCAAGUGGCUACAGACCGCGAGCGAUAUCUGUCCAGACGCUCGGCAAAAGCGAGAACUUCGCCUGUAUGCCAUAGAGACUGGAGCUGUUGAAGUGCUUCGGACCGUCGACACUCUCGGGGCCGUGUCUGCCAACUGCGGGCUCUACAGCUCCGACUUCCAAACCGCAUGCGUACACGGACAGACAGAAACUAUCAAGUACUUCACCGAGGCCGACAUAAGCGCGCAUCCUCGCUGGAAGAGGAAGCGAAUCACUUGUUUGACCCACGGACUACGUGUUACUGCUGGCUAUGGCUGGUUUGUGGCUGCACGGUAUCUCGUGUCCAAGGACGCCGACGUGAACGGUCAGUACGACGUGCAGGGUCUGUACGUCGGUACCGCUCUUGAUGCAGCGGUCUACCACAAUCGCCUUGACAUGGUGGAGCUGUUGCUUGACAGCGGCACUCGUGUGCAUGUCGACGAAGAGAGCUCGUACGGCGAGUACACGCUAUCUACAGCUCGUGAGCAAGGCAGCGAGAUGGCCAGGCUGAUCAGCGCAGCGGUCGGGCAGAAGUGGGGCAGAGAGUCUCAGGAGGGAAGGAGGAUGCAUGGUUCACGGGCUGACGAUGACGAUGAUGCGCUGACUGAUAACAUGCGAGACUUGUAUUUGCGGGGCUGACAGUAGAGCUGGUGAGCACCCCUGAGUAGUGCCUGUAGUCUGAAGAUAGCCCAAUCCCUGAAAGC